AUGGGUGAUUGGAUUUGCGUAAUAUCACUGUUGAUUGUCAUUCUGCGAUUCUUUAAGGCGGAGAACGACAGUUCCUGUGAGAUGUACGGAAGCCCAGAGGUAUCUCUCUUAUCAAAGGAAGGAGAUUUCAUUAUUGGUGGGGCUUUUUCCAUCUAUAGUCAAACCUCAGUGUCCUCACUCUCAGCAUUCGAAACACCAGAACCUUUCAAAUGCUCCAGGAUCAAUCUCAGAGAAUUUCGUUUUGUGCAAACAAUGAUGUUUGCCAUUGAAGAAAUUAACAACAGCAGCGAACUGCUUCCCGAUGUUUCCGUUGGGUACAGGAUAUUUGAUAGUUGCGGUUCAACACUGCCUUCAACACGGGCAGCAAUGGGUCUGAUGAACGGAGAGGAAAACACCUGGAGUAAAAACUGUUCUUCUGUUCAUGCCGUCAUCGGAGCCUCCGAAUCCUCCUCAACAAUUGCAAUGCAACAGAUUUCCGGGGUUUUCCAAAUACCUAUGAUCAGCCAUUUUGCGACAUGUGCUUGUCUCAGUAACAGAAAGGAGUAUCCUUUUUUCUUCAGAACCAUUCCCAGUGACUACUAUCAGAGCAGAGCGCUGGCCAAACUGGUAAAACACUUCGGCUGGACGUGGGUCGGGGCAGUAAGAAGUGAUAAUGACUACGGUAACAAUGGGAUGGCGACUUUUAUUGAAGCCGCGAAUCAGGAGGGGAUUUGUGUCGAAUACUCUGAAGCCAUCUCAAGGACUGGCUCCAGAGAGAAUGUGGAGAGGGUUGUCAGGGUGAUCCGCAGAGGUACAGCGAGUGUUUUAGUUGCAUUCCUGGCCCAGGGUGAAAUGGAUGUUCUGCUCGACGAAGUUCUGACACAGAAUUUAACUGGGUUGCAGUGGGUCGGCAGUGAAUCCUGGAUCACAGCAAAUUACUUGGCUAAGAAGAGGUACGCUGGGAUUUUAACUGGGUCGCUGGGCUUUGCAAUAAGAAAGGCAAAAAUCUCAGGCCUGCUAGAUUUUCUCUUGAAGGUGAACCCAGGUCAGGACCCCCAAAGUAACCUGCUGAGAGAGUUCUGGGAAACAACAUUUGGGUGCAGUUUCGGGUCCAGUACACCUGGCACAAAAUCAUGUUCUGGCUUUGAGAGACUUCAAGAUGCAAAUAACGCUUUCACAGAUGUGUCAGAGCUGAGGAUAUCCAACUGCGUGUACAAGGCUGUGUAUGCUGUUGCUCAUGCCUUGCAUAGUUUGCUGAAAUGUGGACCAAGUGGCGACUCGGUGUCUCACUCGUGCAUCUUAAAGGAUAAUUCAGAACAAAGACAGGUUGCAGAACAGCUCCAGAAGGUAAAUUUUACACUACAGUCUGGGGAGCAAGUGUAUUUCGAUGACAAUGGGGAUCCCGCAGCAACCUAUGAGCUCGUGAACUGGCAGAGAAACCAUGCAGGAGACGUUGUGUUCAUGACUGUAGGGAAGUAUGAUGCGUCACAACCAAACUGGAACCAGUUUACCAUGAACAAAGUGAAAAUAACAUGGGCCGCAGAAUCCUGGGAGAAGCCGCUGUCUGUCUGCAGUGAGAACUGUCUGCCAGGUUUCCGUCAGGCGAUAAUGAAAGGCAAACCCAUCUGCUGCUUCUCCUGUGUUCCCUGCGCGGGUGGAGAAAUCAGCAACACCAACAAUUCUGCAGAGUGCUCUCAGUGUCCGUCGGAGUACUGGUCGAAUGUCAACCACAGCAAAUGUGUUCCAAAGGUGAUUGAGUUCCUGUCAUAUGGAGAGACUAUGGGGGCCCUCCUAACUGCCUUCUCGCUGUGCGGAGCCAGUUUAACACUUGUGGUCUUGUGCGUGUUUUUCCGGUUUCGGCACACGCCACUCGUCAAAGCCAGUAAUUCUGAGCUGAGCUUCCUGCUCCUCUUCUCCUUGACUCUGUGUUUCCUCUGCUCUCUGGCUUUCAUCGGCCAGCCCACUGCAUGGUCCUGCAUGCUCCGUCAUACAGCUUGUGGCGUAGCUUUUGCUCUGUGCAUCUCAUGUAUUCUUGCUAAAACGAUAACCGUGGUGAUGGCCUUUAAAGCUAAAAGACCAGCAAACAUGUUUCCUCAGUGCUCAGCUCCACUUCAGAGAACGAGCGUCAUUGGGUGUACUUUAAUUCAAGUGUUUAUUUGUGUCAUAUGGUUAGCUUUUGCUCCGCCAUUUCCACACAAGAAUAUAGUUUACGCCAAUGAAAAGAUUAUUCUACAGUGUUUCCUUGGUUCACCUUUAGCGUUUUGGGUUGUGAUGGCAUAUAUAGGAUUUCUGGCUCUACUCUGCUUUAUCUUGGCUUUUUUAGGCCGGAAGUUGCCUGAUAACUUUAAUGAAGCUAAAUUCAUUACCUUCAGCAUGCUGAUAUUUAGUGCUGUCUGGCUCACAUUCAUCCCAGCAUAUGUCAGCUCUCCUGGUAAGUUUACUGUAGCAGUAGAGAUAUUUGCAAUUCUAGCCUCCAGCUUUGGCUUGCUUUUCUGUAUUUUUGCACCAAAAUGUUAUAUUUUGCUACUGAAACCUGAGAGGAAUACUAAAAAACAUUUGAUGGGACGAAAUCAGUCAAGAACACAAUGAAAGAAUAGUUGGAGUGUUACAAACAAAAGAGUUAAUUUAGUAAACUUUAGUUAUCUACUAAUAAAGUAGAUUGACUAUAACAGUGGUUCCCAAAGAUUGUCUGGGCCCCCCUAUUGGUUACAAUAAAAUUCCCCCCCAAAAAGAAAAAAGAAAAUCAACUGGGCACACACAUCCUUCAACCAGACAUAAACC